AUGGCAGAAAGGUGGAAUAUUACCGGUAUGGGAGAGCAUAUAAUCAUACCAGUAUCUAUGAUUGAUAGUAGUGAUGGUGAUGAUAGUGAUGGUACAUCUGUUGGUACUGUAUUUAUAUCAAGAAGGUCGUCAGGAGGAGGUAGACGUAGGUCAUGGACAGGUUGGAAUGCUGGGGGUCGUGAUGGCAAAAUCAAACCGCAGACUCGACAUGUGAAGAAAAGGAAAACAAUCACAGCCUUAAAACCCAAAGAUUGGAAAAAAGUCUCUGUGAAGUAUAGAGAGAAGUUUGACCGGCUUUCAGAAGUCUGGGAAAAUUCUGACGGUAACCCUGAAUUGAUAACAAUAAACGAUAACGGCGUAUGUUUGCUUGGGGUCUGACGGGAUAGAACGAGCGAUAAAACGUUUGCCAAAAGUCCUGUGUAAUUUGUUGAAGAAUGAACGAGAUAUCCUGACGUCUCCGAAUGCAGUCGAGUCGCCGCGAGUUGUAAAUUAUUGUUUCUACGAUGAUACUUCCAGCCCUGACUUUGGUUAUUUGAUUUUGAAUUUAUAUGAACAAAAUCUUAAAGAAUUCAUCAAGGAGGAAGGUGAGAUGAUAACAGAAUCCCGUGCUAGAAAGAUGAUACGUCAAGUGUUGGAAGGGCUGAAAGCAUUACAUGCUAGAGAGCCUAGAAUUUUACACAGAGAUUUGAAGCCGACCAAUAUACUUGUUGAUGUGAAUGGUGAUUUAGUGCUGUCUGAUUUUGGUAUUGGACGGUUUUUCCCGGAACAAGGUAUUUUUACAGGAUGUAUAGUAACUAUUGCUGAAAAAAAUGGCUGAAAAUCAGACGGAAGUAUUCUAGUUGUAUUUAUAAAUAAAACUUUUUCAAUACUGAAGUUAUACUAAAACAAUUAGUUGCCUUAGGCUUGGUGAUUACAAGCCUAUAUUCACUUCGGCUCAGUGAAUAUAGGCUUGCAAUCACCUCGCCUUCUGUGUCUAAUUGUUAAAUCCUAGACUGUGUGUCAGGGACGUCGCUAAGGCAUUAACAUUGGAGGGGGGGGUGUCAUCAUGUUUUGACCAACAUUUGGUAGAAUUUUGACCAAGUCGUAAAAGUUCCCCCCCCCCGGAAAUGUUGUCGACGGGCGAGGGCAAGGGGGGGGAGAAGGUGUAAAAAAUUUUCCGGACUUAUAUAAGCAUAUAAUAUUAUUUAAAAAUUUUUCAAUCAAAAUAAGCAAGGCUUGCCAAUUUUUUACCACAAUUUCCCGACUUUGACCUUAAAUUUUAAGCAAAUAUCUGUUCCAUUUUGACUAACUUUGAGCAAAUAGCAGUUCCAUUUUUACCAACUUUGACCUACGUUUGGAUUAUUGGGGAGGGUGUUAACCCCCGUAGCUUAACGCCCCUGUGUAGUGCAAAUUAAACUAAACUUUGGCCAUCUCACUCGAUAGUAUCUAUUUAUUUAAAAGAGAUCAUCUUCACUGUCAUAUAUGAGACACUGUGUCUGACAUUUCAGUUUAUUGUAACUUUUCCGGAAAACUUUUUACAGGUAAACUAUACGUCCAAGCACGGUGGUCCAAGCAUUCCUCUUUUGAGUCAUGGCCGGAUUUUGAGGGGAGGUGUGCACCUCCUGAGAUUGUUUUGCACCUCCCCUAAGAAUUUUUGCACCUCCCCCGAAAAGUGAUGCACCUUGGGAAAGUUUAAAUAAUAGAUCAAAGUGAAAAUUUGAAAUUUUUGGUUGCUCAGGGUCUACACAUACUACAUACAGUAAUAAAGUUUUUCUGUAAAAUUGAAACAGUGAUAGCCAUUCAUCUCUGUGUGUAAAGUACCCUUUUAAUGCAAUGUUUUGAAAGAAACUUUGUAGUAAUUGUAAUGAAGGGAUUGAAGGGCAAAAUUGGAUGAGUUGUACCAUCAUAAUUCAUUAAUACACUAAUACAUACGUACACUACAUGCAUACGUCACGUUGACUUUAAUUUGGCCCAUUCUAAGCCCUAACUUUCCAUGGGGGUUGUGAGCUAGACCGCUGCACCUCCCCUAAAUUGUUUCCACCUCCACCAUUAUUUCCACUAAAAUACGGCCUUGUUUUGAGUAACACAGGUGAAUUAAUAAAAUUCUUACUUUUCUACAGGUGCAACUACAUACUGUACUAAUGGCGAACGUGGAUCAAAAGGCUGGAUUGCAUAUGAAUGUAUUGACUGGGAUAGUUUGUACUCUGAUGAGAUGAGGGACCCUUCAGAUAGACCAAUACAACUCAAGUGGAAAGAGAAAUCAGAUAUCCAAGUGGCAGGUAUGAUAGCAUUUUACAUCUUGACCAAAGGAAAGCAUCCAUUUGGUGCUCAAAUACACCAACUGAUAAAUUUGCAUGAUGGCAACCCAGUGGGUUUAAGAGAGCUCAGUGAUCCUGUGGUGAAAGACCUGCUUUCUCAGAUGUUGGCUCGGGAGUUAGAUGAACGACCAUAUGUGGAGCAAGCCUUAAAGCAUCCUUACUUUCUCUCAUCCGAAGACCAGAUGAAGUUCUUAGAAGCUGUGGGCAACGAGCCUGAAAUAAAGAGUUUCACAGGAGAUCCCAACUGUGCUGUUUCGGGAGAGCUAGACAACCGUGAUUUGUCAAAACCUCGAAGCUCAUUGUUACCAAAUGACUGGAAAGCAGUCAUCGAUCCAGAUGACCUCAACACAUUUUGUGCAGGAGGUCAUACGCCCGUGUCCAGUUUUGAUGGUAGCCGUUACACGCAUUGUCUUCGAUUCAUAAGAAAUGUUCGUCAGCAUUGGGGCGACAAACGGCCACCUCCACCAUUGAAAGCCAUGGGAACAGCUACUUCUCUUGACGAAUAUUUCCUGCAAUUAUUUCCAACCCUCCCGCUUGUUCUGCAUCAAGUCAUCAGAAAGCAUUAUGACUGGAAAACAUGCCCUUCCUUGAAGGAGUUUUUCCCCGUGAUAAACCGUCGCGCAGGGUUUGAUGCAGACUGA